AUGGCGCUCAGCCCCCCCGAGGGCCGCGAGCGGGAGGCGCCGGCGGGGCUGCCGCUCCACUCGCCCUGGACCUUCUGGCUGGACAAGUCACUGCCUGGGACGACAGCGGCUGAAUGUGCAUCAAAUUUGAAGAUGAUUUAUACAGUACAAACAGUGCAGGAUUUCUGGAGUGUCUACAACAACAUUCCUCCUGUGACAAAUUUGCCUCUGAGAUGUAGCUACCAUUUAAUGCGGGGAGAAAGACGGCCGCUUUGGGAAGAGGAAAGCAAUGCCAAAGGAGGCAUAUGGAAAAUGAAGGUCCCUAAAGAAAGUACGGCUACAGUUUGGAAAGAGCUACUCUUAGCAACUAUCGGAGAGCAGUUUACAGAUUGUUGUGCAGCAGAUGAUGAAGUAAUAGGGGUUAGUGUCAGCGUUCGUGACCGUGAAGAUGUUGUGCAAGUCUGGAAUUUGAAUGCCUCUUUAGCAAGUGAAGCAAAAGUUUUGGAAAAGAUACAUAAACUUCUGCCAGACACAUCUUUUAAAGCAGUGUUUUAUAAAUCACACAGAGAGCAUCACGCUUUUGAAGGUCGAUGCGGAAAACAUUAAGAGCAAUCUGUGCCAAGCUCAUUAGUUGUUAUUUGGUGUUUUAAGGUGGUCUGGACAAGGAGAAGGAUGGUAGGAGCCCUGCAGAAGUGCUACACGCAGUGGCCCUUUUGCAUUUCUAACAUUUCAGACUGGGAAACUGAGGAAAAAACAGGUGCCUUGACUGCAAUUCAUUACUUCUUGUUUGGUUGGGUUUUUUUAGUUUUUCAUUGUUUCUUUAAAAAGAUAUCUUGGCCACUUGUUUUUUUCAAUCAGAUUAUAUUUGUUCCUAUUUCAUUAGGAUAGCAGGCUUUAAUUUCUUCUGUACUGUACUUAGUUAAAUGCAAACGUGCACAAAGAUUCACUGGCUUGGUGAAGUGUGUUUUCAAUUUUCAUUUUAAAACAUUCCUAUCAUGUUAAGAUUUACUCACUGGUUUUGUCCCAAGAGAGAAAGAAAUUGCACUGCAUUUAUUCUAAUAUUCAAUGUAAUCUGGUCUUGCACUGACAACGGCACACAGGCUGUAAAAGUAAAUAGUGACGUGUUCACUAAACAAGUGACUAAAGAGAACACAUUUAUAUUGGGACUAACCCUCCGUGGGAUGAUGUUAACGAGUGUUUUAAUUGUAGUGAUUUCAGAAGAGCCCCUGUUCAGACUAGAAUGAGAGAUCUGCAAACUCCGCACCUCUCUUAUUUAAGAGGGGAUGGGUUUUUGAAUUUUUUUAAUAGUAUGCUGUCUUAUGAUAUUUUUCUGUACAUUCAUGAUAGUGUCAUGAAUCAUUUCUAAUGCAUUAGACUAACUGGAUCCAUCCCUCACACUUCUGUGAGUAUUUUAGGGCCCAUGUCUGCACCCACAAAGGUCAGUAUCAGAAUUGCUGUUGACUUCAGUGCAAAGGAAGAGAUCCCAUCAUACGUAGUUUCAAGCCAUCAUGGCUUCCUAAGUGACCUUUUUUUUAAAAAAAAGUACAGAAAAGAAAUGGAUUUUGUGUUAGAGCCUGAAUAUGAAUAUACAAAAUGUGUUAAUCUUUAAUUAUUUGUCUAUAUUACUUAUUUGAGGUGUUGGUUUGUUUUAAUAUACUACCAAAGAUUGCUGUAGUUCCUUUUACAAGAAGAAGCUGCAAGGUAGAGAUGAACGUACACUCCACUGAGCAUUACUUCAUUGUUAAGAGGUUUUUGUUUGGCAACUGUUCAAGUUGCACUGAUUUCCACAUCUUUAGUAUAUUAAGAGGCAGCGAUUAAAAUCAAAUAAAUUUAAAAAUAAGAAUCGCACAUUUGUGAUUUUUUUUUUUACAACUUCAUUUGUAUUUAUGAAUUAAAACUGCACAGUUAAUGAGCAUUGUUAAUUAAACAGAUUUUUUAAAAUCCAAAUGUCUUGCUUCUG